UAUAACAAGCCUAAACAGUUUUGGACAAUCUACGUUUGUUUAUAUAUAACAUAUAUAGUCUUAUUUUGUCUGUGGAAACUUAUUAAAAUCAUUUUAACAAUUAAUUUUAUUUUUUUACCAUAGAAAAGUCCAUUAAAUCCAUUAACUUGACGAAAUAAACGAGAUCAGCUGUCUACGACUCGCGAAACCAGUUGUCUUGAAGGGGUAAACAUUUAAGGCGAGUUUUACAUAAUUAUCGUCGAUUAUCCUUCACUUUCCUUCAAAAUGGUCUGCGAAAAGUGUCAAAAGAAGCUGGGAAAGGUUAUCACCCCAGACACCUGGAAAGCUGGUGCAAACAACACAGUUGAGGGAGGUGGACGGAAAAUCAAUGAAAACAAGCUCCUAACCAGCAAGAAAAAUCGCUUCAAUCCGUACACCACAAAAUUCGUAGAAUGCAGGAUUUGCAGAACAAAGGUUCACCAAGCGGGUUCCAAUUUCUGUCAGGGAUGUGCCUACAAGAAGGGAAUAUGCGCCAUGUGUGGGAAGAAGAUUCUGGACACAAAGAGUUAUUGCCAGUCUUCUGCCUAGAAGAAAAUUCAGUACCUGUAUGUUGUGUGUGAAAGUUAACUUUAUAUACUCGUGUGCUAGAGAAUUAUAUAAACUUUAGAUAUAUUUGUAAAUGUUAAUCUAUAACUUUUCCAUGUACACUUUACAAAAUGGUUGACAGUAACCUUAACGAAAUUCCAUUUUGAUGAAUCUAAUUACAACGGGCUCGCUGCAUCUUGCAUAUUUUAUUCCAUCAAACUUUCAUGUUGUCUGACCAAUAAAUGAGUUUUUUAUAA